AUGGAAGACCGCAGGACUCCCACGCUGGUUGUCACCAUCGUAUUCUUUGCCCUUGCUUCGGUAUCCAUUGCGCUCCGAUUUGUGUCUCGCUUGGGUAUCGUGCAUAAGAUCGUCUCUCAUGAUUAUCUGAUUCUUGUGGCUUGGGUUAUUGAUUUCGGGUUCAUCUUCGCCAUAUGCUACGGGACUACCAAAGGCUUGGGUCUGCACCAGGUUGAUGUUCCGUCCUCGAACAAUACAUCUUUGAAUACAAGCGAAUAUGUGGCGACUGUGCUUUAUAACCCCGUUUUAAUGACCCUAAAAACUUCGAUUCUCAUUUUUUAUCUAUUUCUGACUAAGACAAACAAAGUCAUCCGAUGGGCGAUAUUUGCCACGAUUUUCGUCGUCAACGCUGCCGGAGUUGCCUUGACCAUGGUCAAUGUGUUUCAAUGUCAACCGGUCAGCGCAGCAAUCUGGUUUCCCGCUGAUGGCGACGCAAAGUGUUUGAGUAUAGUCACAAUAUAUCUCUCCUCAGCUCCCGUCAAUCUCAUCACUGAUAUCGCCAUUUUCUUUCUGCCCAUUCCGAUUCUGACCCAACUGCGUCUCCCACGGAAGCAAAAAAUAAUUCUAAUCAUCGUUUUCAGUAUUGGGCUUUUUACUACUGUUAUCGACAUCAUCCGGGCUGCAUACUUACAAAGCGCAGCAACAUCAAAUGCCAUAAAACAACAAACCGGUUCCGGCAAUGUUGACAACUCUAAAGCCAAUCAAGACUUCUCCUGGUACGGUGCUUUUACUUUCAUGUGGUCUGCCGUCGAAGUCAACACUGGAAUCAUUUGCGCUUGCAUCCCGAGCAUGAAGCCCUUGGCUGCACGUCUACUUCCCAGGAUGAUCAAGGGUUCCUCUGAUACUUCACCACAUAGCCAUUCGAGUACCACAAAUACUGCUGCAGCUAGACCAAUAGCUCUUCGCGCCGAUACUGCUCCUGUGGCGCCCCCUCAAGGUCAGAGUGCUAUUCUCGGCCGCAUGGCUCCGAGAUCUCACACAGACCAGGGCCCCAACUUUACGUUCCCUAACACGCUUCAGCCGGCCGAACUUCCAUCAGAGGAGUCCUUGGAAAUGACCGAUUUUCUGGCCCAUUCUGGUCCAAGCGAUGAUACGGAAAGUAGUGCAGUGACUAACGCUUCUCCGCCCUUGGAUAUGACAACAUUCUACGACUUUGUCAAUGUCAAAAAACCCAAGAGCAUGCUAGCAUUGAGUAACAAAGAGUCCGUUCCUCCGGUGGCGUUAACGACAAUACUCUUUUUCCUGUGGGGUAUUGGUUAUGGCUUCCUAGAUAUUUUGAAUACCCAAUUCACGAUAAUCGACGGAAUUAAUACAUGGGGCUCCCUUGGACUUCACGCUGCCUACUUCGGAGGUUAUCUUGUAAGCCCUCUCACUGUAGGGCGUUUUAUGCUGAAAAAGUGGGGGUUCAAGUCGACUUUUAUCUCAGGGCUUUUCAUUUACGCCUGCGGUGCCCUUAUCUUUUGGCCGUCUGCUGUUUUGACGUCAUUCCCAGCAUUCAUCCUCUCAAAUUUUGUCGUGGGUUGUGGAUUUGGAGUGCUUGAAACAGCAGCAGAUCCAUUUAUAGUGUUGUGCGGGCCGCCGGAGAACGCCGAGAUUCGUUUGAAUCUUUCACAGGGAGUCCAAGCCACUGGGAGUAUCCUGUCUUCAGUCCUCGCAGAGAAAGUGGCUUUCAAAUCUGUCAAAACUGUAGCUGGCUUGGUUAGGGUGCAGUGGACAUACCUCGCGAUAGCGCUUUUUGUCCUGCUUUUGGCAGCUGCUUUCUACUAUCUACCAAUACCCGAAGCAACGGAUGAUGACCUGCAGGAAUUAGCCGAUCAAAGGAAAGAUGACAUCUCAGCGCCCGUUGUGGGCAUUCCUGUCGUUUGGCUUACUUUUGGAUUAGCAGCUUUCUCGCAAUUCUGGUAUGUGGCAAGCCAAGAAGCGUUAAUAGUCAGUUUUACGCUGUACGUGCAGCAACAGCUCCCGCAAGGCAGGGGAGGUCUAUAUGGCCAUGAUUUCCUCUCGGUUGCGCGCGGCAUCUUUGCUGCAGGCAGGUUUCUCGUCGCCCUGGCCAUCGUAUUUAUCAAACCGCGUUGGGUCCUCUUUGUGCUGUACGUCGGACUGAUUGUCUUCGCCGUGCUUACGAAGGAAUUGCAGGGUAUGGCUGGAGUUGGCAUUGGAAUGAUGCUAUUCUUCUGGGAAAGUGGCGUAAUCAGCAUCACAAUUGCCAUCUCUCUUCGCGGCACGGGCAGACAUACCAAGACGGCGGGUGCAAUUAUGGCGACAGCCCUGGGCGGAGGAGCAGGCUACCCAUUUUUCCAAGAGCUUGCAAGGGUCCAGAAUCACGGUAGUGUGGCUUCCUCCUAUGUUGUGCUUGCUGUUGGAUAUGCUGCUGCUGCUGUCUUCCCGUUGUAUCUCAUGCUUGUCCCCGCUGCGAAGAAGCAGGUUGAUCCCGUUCUGAAUGGUUCUCUCUACCGACGAUCGCCGCUUCGUGGUCAGCGCUCUCGUACUCACAAGGGCCGCAGCCGUGCUGGUACUGGUGAUGGGAAUGCCGAUACCAAUCCCAAUGGCAACGGCAACGGCAACGGCAGUAAGAAAGAAAACUACUCUCUCGGAGGUGUUUUGUCACGACCACGCAGUCUAGUCAAUGAGCCGCCGUCAACUGCCCACAUGGGGCCUGCGGCGGGGAUUAGUGUCCAUGACCUGGCAUACCAGUAUGAGCGAGAAAAUAAUACUCGUUGA